AUGGCGAUCGUGAGGGAUAGUGCAACAUUCUUCCAGCACGGCAACUCGGCCCAGUUCGACUACGUGCUCAAGCUGUACCCGAAAGCGCUCAAGCUGAAGGCGGAAACGCGCGGCAACGGCAAAAAAGCGGACAAGCUGCUGCGCCUCGAGAAGUGGUACCAGAACGAGCUACCGAAGCUGAUCAAAAUGCGUGGCCGCGAUGCGCACCUGCUGCACGAGGAGCUGGUCCAGACGAUGGAGUGGAAGCAAACGCGCGGCAAGUUCUACCCGCAGCUGUCCUAUCUGAUCAAAAUCAACACACCCCGGGCGGUCGUGAUGGAGACGAAGAAAGCCUUCCGGAAGCUGCCGAACCUCGAGCAGGCGCUCAACGCCCUCUCGAACCUGAAGGGCGUCGGCAUCACGAUGGCGUCGGCACUGCUGGCCGCGGCCGCCCCCGAAAGCGCCCCCUUCAUGGCGGACGAGUGUCUGAUGGCGAUCCCGGACAUCGAGGGCAUCGACUACACCGCCAAGGAGUAUCUGAAGUUUGUCACACACAUCCAGCAGACGAUGGAGCGGCUCAACAAGGACGUCGAAAGCAAUGGUGGUGGUGCGUUGGAGCAGCAGAAAAAAUCCGACGAAGCCACAGCCAACGGUGGGGGGGCUGCUGAUGGUGGCGGCGGCGGUAGUGACGGUGGUGGCGGUGAUGGUGGAACGCCGGAUGCAGCGGCUGGGAGCGGUGAGGAUGGAAAUGGUGGCGAAACCACCACCCCCAAGGAAGCACCCUCCGGAAAGGAUGAGAACGGAGCGGCGGCGGGGGGCGCGACGGGUGUGUUGUCCAAAAAGUGGUCAGCCCAUUCGGUGGAGCUCGCACUGUGGACACACUACGUGGUGUCGGAUCUGCAGCCGGAACUGUUGGGUGGAAUGCCGGGAAAUGACAACGGUGUUGCGGCGGCGGUGGUGGAGGCGGCCGGUGAGACCACCGGUGCCCAGAACGGAAUCUCAAAGGAUGGCGAGGAGGAGGACGAAGAGGAGGUGGCCGAUGACGAGGACGUGGACAAUGGCACGGCGGAGGACGAAGGUAACACGAACGAUGAAAACUCACGCACCGCCAUGAUGGAAUCGUCGGAAUCGGAAAGCAACGAGGCGGCGGUCACCACCGGUGGCGGGGGGGUGGUGGUAGCAAAUGGCAAAAGUUCGCUCGGAUCGGGUGGGUCAGCCCAGGAGGACGACGAAAAGGAGGACACCUCGAAGGAGGACACCACCGACAGCUCAGUAGCAGCAGCAGCAGCCCCAGUGGUCGUCGUCGGGAAGAACAAUGGCACCACAAUGGCGGUGCUGGAACAACCGGCGGCGGAACAACAAUUGGACGCCGCCACGGAUGCAUCAUCAUCACCCCUGAUGGUACCGGAAGGUGGCGAAAGCUUAGGAGAAGACGCGGCAACGACCGCACUUACAGCAGCGAAGGCGGCGGCGGCGGCCACGUUAUGCGCCACCAGCAGUCCUGCAGUCGACAGCACCGAACACAACACGCCGGCAACAACCGACGGUGACAACACGCAAAACAGCAGCAGUAAUGGGAACAACAAGCGUCCGCUCUGCUGCGACGAUAACGCUGACGACAAACCGGAGCUGAGCGCUCCGAAGCUGAUAAAGCUGUAG